ACUCCUCCCUCCCCCACCCUACGUGCACGUGCGUGUGCCUUUCUGGCAGCGUAACAUCUGUGCGUGCGUACGCGGUCGUGAUUGUUGUGAAGAUGGCGGAGGGGGAGACGGAGAGGGAAUAUGACACACCGAAAGCGAACGACGAUCUCCGCGGCCGCUUCCACGGCUUGACCGCGGCACUGAGGGAGAGCACGAAGUCGCCGCUGGAAGCCUCGCUGAUUUUCUGCCAGGAGUUUUGCCAGGCCCUGGUGGAUUAUGCCGGCCGUUGGAAAACUGACGAGGAUCCACUGCCUUUGCUGGAGGUCUACACGGUGGCUAUCCUCAGCUUCGCCAAUGCCGCCUCCUGUCUCUCCUCCGAAUGUGAAAAUGUGCCACUCCUACUUGAAAAGUUAACAUUGAGCUGUGCGGAGCUGGUUCUCUUAUUGCCCCAGCACAUCCCUGGUGCCUUAUGGGAGGAGUUUAGGUCCUCCAUGAAGUUGGCACACAGCCUUUUGCAAGAAAGUGGGAGUGCACAGCUUCGUCCACUUUUUGCUCUGGCACAGCAAGAUGGCAUCUGGUCCAACACCACACUCAGCAGCAUCUUGUCCAACACCAUCCCUCAAACUGAGCAAGUUCACGAGUAUCUUGAGUUGGAAGGCCCCACUCUUCUCAGCAUGCGCAUAAAGCACCUUAUCAAAGUGGACAGUGUUGAUAAAGCCGCCGCCCUUGCAAAGAUGUGCUCAGAGUACCCAGGAUAUGAAGGAAAAUGGAACUUCAAACAAACCUACUUGCUCUGUAUUUGCAUGACCAAAAGUCAGGAGCAGCUCAUGGAAGAGAUAUCAUCAAUAGACUGCAAAGAUGCUCUGGAAAUGAUCUGUAACUUGGAGUCUGAGGGAGAUGAGAAAGGAGCACAGUGCUUAUGUUCCGCCUUUCUAAAGCGACAACUUCUUCAAGGAGACGUUUAUUGUGCCUGGGAAUUGACGCUAUUCUGGAGUAAGCUACUCAUGCGUUUGGAGUCUUCCGCCGACUCCUUCCUCAGCCACAGCAAAGAGAUGGCUCUCCUCUGCAGAAGUGUCUGUCACAUUCUAUUCCUUAUCAAAGUCAUCCAGAAUGAGGUUGGAGAAGUGGGGCUUCCAGUUUGUGUGGAAAUGUGCAUUCAAGCUCUGAAAAUGACCUCAAGUGACCACACGGAUAGCAAAUCUACGAUCUGCAAGACUAUUUCCUGCAUCUUGCCGACUGAUCUUGAAGUGAAGCGUGCAUGCCAGCUGACUGAAUUCCUCCUCCAACCAACUGUUGACUCCUACUAUGCCGUUGAGUCACUGUACAACGAACCGGAUCAAAAGCCCGAGGAGGACGGGAGUCUGCCGGUGCCCAAUUCCUUACGCUGUGAGUUACUGCUGGCCUUGAAGACACAGUGGCCUUUUGAUCCAGAGUUCUGGGACUGGAAAACAUUGAAAUGCAAUUGCUUGGCACUGAUGGGCGAGGAAGCAGCUAUCGUGUCAUCCAUUGACACGCUCAACGACACGGACGAACAAGAGGUGGAAAGUACACAGGGAAAACUGCCGGAGUACAAAGACCUGGAGGACUUUCUGUUAACCACUACAAAUGAACUCAAUGAAAUCGCAGACGAAAAAGAAAAAAACAGAGAAGCAAAGAAACUUCGGGAGCAAGGAUUUGUAUCAGCUCGCUUUCGAAACUGGCGAGCCUACAUGCAGUAUUGUGUUCUGUGUGACAAGGAGUUCUUGGGUCACAGAAUAGUUCGGCACGCUCAGAAGCAUUUUAAAGAUGGAGUGUAUCUAUGUCCUAUUUGUGCAGACAGCUUUGAAAGUAAAGAGGUUUUAGAGCCACAUGUGGCAUCACAUGUCAAGCAGUCCUGUAAAGAGCGGCUUGCAGCAAUGAAAACAGUAAGAAAGGGGAUAAAACUACCCCAGUCUCCUAAAAGUCCAUCAAAAAGUAUGAAAUGUGUUCCUACAACGUUGAAUAGUCCUGUGAGUAAUGACUCCCAAACUGGUAUCCAACCAGUGAAGGUUGAGCAAAUGACACCUGUCACACAAAUAAGUCAAGAUUGCUUCUGUCCUGUUAAAAAUUGCUCCAAAGCGUUCAAGUUUUUCCGCAACCUCAUGGCUCAUGUCAGGUCACACAAAGACGACGAAGAGGCCAUGAGGUUUUUGGAGAUACAGAAACAAAAAGUGGUGUGCCAGUAUUGCAGGCGGCAGUUUGUUAAUGUUCAACAUCUCAAUGAUCAUUUGCAGAUGCAUUGUGGCAGCAAACCAUACAUAUGCAUACAACUGGGUUGCAAGGCCAACUUUAAUUCCAAUUCGGAACUUCUCAUGCAUCGGAAAACACACUCAGAGUUUAAGGCCCAGUGUAUGUUUCCAAACUGCGGGCAGAUUUUCAGCGAGGCCUACCUUUUGUACGAUCACGAAGCUCAGCAUUACCUUACUUACACCUGCUCGACAGAUGACUGCGGUAAAACAUUCUACUCGCAGGGGCAGUUCUUAUCUCACCAACAGAUCCACAAUACCAACAAUGCAGUCAACAAUGUUGUCGUCAUUGAUGAGAGCGCUCCAGUCUUUCCUAAAGUUGACCCGCCACAGGAGAAUAUGCCAUGUCAAGCAGACAUGCAACCUGCUGCCAUUUGCCUCGACACGAGUAAUUCAGAUGCUUUUGUGAAUGAAGCAUCAAAGGCAAACACAUCACCAUGCAGUUCCCCAGAGGUUGCGAAAGAGCUCAUUCCCGUUAGAGUGAAACAUUCGAUCGAAAACAUGUUGAAUUCUGUGGCACAUAUUGAACUGAAAGACCCAGACAAAUGCUACACUCCACUAACAAACCCGAACACAGCGCCCGCUGCCUUGAAAGCGGCACUGGAGGCUCAGCAUGCACACCAGGCAAUGGCAGAGCAAGUGAAGACUCUCCCGCACCCUGUCCCCAGUGCAACCAAUGUCAUGACAAGUCAACCCGCAGCAGGGCAAAAUAACACACAAGCUGAUGAUUUUCAGAAAGCGAUACCACAAAUGAUUUCUUCGAACCAAAUCAAGACAGAAAUCCCUUCUUCACUGCAGGGAUAUCCCCCAGGAAUGCCUGCUGUAUCCAGUAACGAGGAAAACUUGCAUAGCUGCCCGCAAAACGAGUGCACAAGGGCUUACAGUACAAACAAAAGUUUGUCGAGACACGUGAAGAAGCAACAUCCUGAAAUCUUUGAGGACUGGAAGUUGGCCAAGAAAUACAACAAAGUGGCCAGAAUUACAGCAAAAAAGGCACCAGCUGGAGUAGCUGUGCGCAGACAGUUUCCCAACGGUAACAACAACCCGCCAAAUCAGCCACCAAAUCAGUCCGGACCCCUAUGCAACAAACCCGGGAUGGAGCAAAUCGAUUACCCAGCGGGAUGUUCCACCUCACCUGCUCAGUCUUAUCCCAGCUCAAUGGACCCUGUGCCCAUCACUCCGAUGGUGAACCCCACACUGUACCCAUCCUGGGGGAGCGCCAACAAUACUGGGGAAAUCAGUCAGCCCGAUGGGUCCCAGUCGUGGUCUUCACCUCAACUGAACAGCUGCUACCCAGAUGCCUUCAAUGUGAACGAGUGCCCCUCCCGCAGCUAUCUUCAGUGGCAGCCCGAGCCGUAUCCAACCACAGCUUCCCUCCCAGCUGAAAGAGAGCACUCGAUGACGGCUUUACAUGGAGCCGCUGGGUCUCAUGUUGCAUCGGAUUCAAGUUUGAUGUCCCAGUAUUUAUCCAGUUCAUUGAUGCUUGACAACGGAGGGCAAAUGCACAAUGGCGUGAAUCAGUUUGGACUAAUGCCCCCCGAUGGCAGGGGAGUUUCAGUGGAGGGAAAGAAAACCAGUGGAAACAUGGCAGGACAGUCGGAUAAUGGGGACAGCAUGUCGACCAUUCACAGUCUACCUGAAGGAAGCUACCACACUCCGUAUGCUCAGAGUGAUAACUCGGUGACUCAGAGUUCACCAGUUGAUAUUCCUAUGAAAUGUCUGAGCCCAGAGGCCCAAGAAACAUCAAAAGCUGCGGGGAAAUUAAUUAAAACAGAAAACAUAGCAGCCCCUGGAUAUGGACAAAUGGACAAUGCUGUGGAUGGCAUGCUUAGCCCACACAGUGUCGCCCCGACCGUCUUUCACUUUGAAGGAGACUGUACUAAUGCAGAAAGUGAAGCUACUGAUGAAAAAGAUGACACUGACGGCCCAAAAGGAAAGCGUGGCAAGCUAAGCAAGCGAACCAAAUGGCCAGCCAUUAUUAAGGAUGGCAAGGUGAUUUGUCGGAGGUGCUUCAGAGAGUUCACAAGCACAAAGUCCCUCGGAGGUCAUCUGUCUAAACGCUCACAGUGCAGGCCGUUAGAUGAAAUUGACCUGACUGCUGAUCUGCCAACAUCCUUUCUUGAUUUUCUCAAUGACCCACACGUCCCGGAAACUAAUGGAGCCAUUUUUAACUUGUCAAAUGGUGAUUUCCCGCAGGAAUCAUGUAGCUUUACACCUCUGAACUCUUCCGCGGCGCUGAAACAAGAACCCCAAAAUACAAAUAUAACCGACUUUUCAAAUGUCUCUGCCGCCGCCCUCGAAAGUCAGCAAGAGAAGGCAGCAGGGCUAUCUUACACUGUCACCGCUCCACCUCAUCAAGAAGAUCACUUGAUGGAAAUCUCCAAUGCCUUUCAAAGGUUGGAUUUGAUUGAAGCUGCCCAAGAGAAGAUGCGGGGUAAUUUGUCCUUAGAGCAAAGUCUCACCCAUUGCGAUACGACCUCUGAACUUAAAAAAAGCAAACCCACACCAAGCAAGAAAGAUGACAAGGUUUUAGCAAAAUCAGCGAAACCUUUUAAAUGUGUCAGAGAAGAUUGCGAUUACUCAUUCAUGACAAAGGAGGCAUUAUUCAGACAUUUGAAUAAAAUGCACGAUUACUCUAAUGAGAUGAUUGAAGAACUGAAACGAUGUCCAUCCAAACUGUCUCCGUACACUUGCCAGAUUUGCGCCAAAACCUUUACAAGAACGACAGGCUUGAGAAUCCACUAUGAGAAGGUCCACCGAUUGUCAAAGGCAGAAGCACUGAAGUAUAAGAUAAGUGCUCGAAAUAGACAGCAAGUAGUCCGAUUGAACCUUUCGCACACGAGUGAGGCUGACCCCGACACAAGUGGCGUCGCAAAGUCCACAGUUGGAUUUCCCUAUAUCAAACAGGAGCCCCUUGAUAUUGAAAUUGUACCUCAACCUGACAGUGCAACCAAUUCAGAAGCCCCUCACCUUGCUUCACCAGGAAAUCUCAUCGACGACGGCUUCCCACAUGCAACAUCAACUGUCACCUGUUUGCCACCGGUGCAAACCUAUUUAGAUAACAGGCCAUUGGUUGAGGACAUGCAGGCUGAUCCUGAAAAGUCCCAAGAGCAGCUGACGCUGGCGGCUACAUGUCCAGAUGGCCAACACAAAUUUGGUUUAACAGAGAAAUGUGGUCUCACGAAAGCAAAAGAGCAUCACACAGUCAGCAAAAUAAGGGAACCGAAGUUCAGCCUUCCUCCUGGUUCUGCUUCAUCUUCCCCAGAAAAAGCAAGCAGCUCCAAAAACACUCCCAACCUCGAUGAAGUCCACAAAAAGCUUCAAAAAAGAAUGGGGCUUAAAAUGUGUGACGCCGACAACGCCUUCAGUCCGUACAGACCAUAUCGCUGUGUUCAUGAAGGUUGCACUGCUGCAUUUACCAUCCAGCACAAUUUGAUCCUCCAUUACCGGGCCAUGCAUCAGGCAUCCCUGCCUCCAAGCAAAGCAGAGAGCAGCCCCGAGAUGAUGAGCGUACCAAACGGUCAAGAGAGCUAUGAGAUUGUGGGCAAAGGACACGAAGUCAGGUGUCAAGUGAAAAACUGCUCUCGUGUGUUCAUGGGAGUCACAAGGCUAGUGCAACAUUACCUUUUGCUUCACAAAUUCACACGCGACAAAGCCACUUCAAUGAUGGCGAGCAUGGUCAUCGGGACUUUCACCUGCGAUCGGCCCGAGUGCGCCCUGCCCUUUAACUCGGUGGACAAGUACAUCGAGCACAUCAAGAAUUUCCACAAAGAAAUUGCCGUCUCGGAGAGCGGCUCAGUUGAUACCACUUUUAAGUGCGAGUAUGAGGGCUGCGAGCGCUUUUACUCCACCAAGUCGAAUCUUCUUCGCCACCUGAUAAAAAAGCACGACUAUGUUUAUGAGCCAAAAUCAACUGACGGAAGAAGGAAUAGAUCUAUAGGGCUGUUCACGGGGAUGAACAAUGGAAAGGAAAACGUGGAAAACAAAUUCAAAUUGAAGAAGAAAAAUGUCAAGAAAAAAGAAGGAAAGACCAUUGAACACUGGACCAAUUUUGGGAAGCCUACACUUAAAACCCACGAUGAAGCCACAGCCAUGUGCACGAAGAAGUGGCCAUUGCAGUACCCAUGCAUGCUAAUAGGCUGCGACACAAUUGAGGAAGCAGAAAGAAGUAUUUUUAAGCAUUACGUGACUCAUGGCCUCACAGAGAGAUACAUCGAAGACCAGAGGAGCCAGUUCAUUUUCUGCAAAAAGUACAGAUUCAAAGACGCCGACAAAUCAGACGGCGCAUCGUGCGCAUCCUCUGAGGAGUCCGAGCCAGAGGAGGGCGACAAAUCCACUGAACAAAACGCAGAGGAGUUGGUGGAAAGAAUAAGCCAAGAGGACAGCAAGCUUUCUAACGACGAAAGCCUCGAGUCACAAGCCUCAACUGGGACGGAAGGCGGCGUUAAAAGAGGGCGUCCCCGAAAACCUGUCAAUCCAACACCAGCUUGUCCCGAGAGGAUACAAACCCUUCGCACUCGUAUGACUGUUAGCGGCUCAAGAGAGAACUCAAAUCCUGGUACCCCCGUAGCCCAAGAGCAGCAAGAGGACGUUAACGCCAUGGCAGGGUCUUUCAAACCUUUGGGGCUGGAGGACUCUUUCCUUAAGUUCUUGGAAACCGCCGAGUCGACCCACCCCACCAAACGCAAACUGAGCGAUAAGCCUACUGCAGAGCUGCCAUCCAAAAGACGACAAACCCAUAAACAAAGGACUGCUUUGAGAACUAAAACCAGUGAUCACUUUGGAGGUUGUGAGAAACUUGUAGACUUUAGAAAUCCACAUAAUCUCAAAUCGGUGAGCAAUGUGAAGAUAGUCAUGGAUAAAACGUUUUCAAACGGUGCUGAUCUUUUGCUGAAGCAGCUGCAAGACAUGAAGCCCUUGGUCAUGAUAAAAAAGUGGCUUUACAGCGGAUCAUAGCCCCCCAUGUUUUAUUUCCAACUCCGUCUCACUCAGGAUUUGAGAAGUAUGCUGCAGAAUGGUUUGACAAUGCAUCAAAUUUCCAACUGUUAACAGUAAUGGUCACGGUUAAUGAGAAAAUGGCCUAUUUUAUACACCAUGAAAUUAAAUGUCUUGGAUGAUUUUAAUUAUGUAUGUUAGUCCUAAUAACCAGGUAAUCCCUAGGGCAUAGAUUUUAGAUUCAUGUUUGUAUUUAUGCUUAGUACUGAAGAUGUUUUUUUGCUAAAUGGAUACUUUUAAAGAAAAAAAUGUUUUUAUAUAUCCCUAUGGGAUUUAAUGUUUCGUUUGUAUUUAUUUCAUCCUUUUUCAACACUAGUAGACCUAUCUGUAAUAUUUACAUGUCUUCCACAAAGUGUUCAAUAAAAUGUUACUGUUCUUUUUGUAAAA